AUGGAAGAUCUAAUGAAUGCUUUUAUUAUCAAGACAGAUGAGAGACUUGAAACUCAUAGCUCAGCUAUACGAGAACAUGGUGCAACUAUCAAAGAAAUGGACAUAACUUUUCGAAACCUGGUAAGACAGGUUGGACAACUAGCUACUCUAUUGUCUGAGAGGGUUCCAGGAACACUCCUUGCUGAUAUUGAAAGAAAUCCAAAAGAGACAAUCAAUGCAGUGUCUUUGAGGAGUGGGCACAAGUUGGAGGAUCCCAUAGCAAAGCAAAAGGAUGAGCUGAUUGAGAGACAAGUCGAGAUUGUGGGCCAGCAGAAAAAUAACAACAUUCAAGAAGGAGAAGUGAUGGUAGAUGAGGAUUUGAAGAAGAAGGGGAGGAUUAGAGCUCAGAAAAAGAAGAAAAAUGAUAAUUCAACAAAUAAUGAGACUGGAGAGAGAAAAUACAUGCCAGCUCUACCUUCCCUCAGAAGCAAAGAAGAGAGAAAGGUGCUUUCUCAGAUGCCAGCUUAUGUUAAAUUUAUGAAGGAGAUAUUGUCCAAGAAACGGAAAGUGGAAGAGACAUUGGUUGUCAAGCCGACAGAGCAUUAUAGUGCCAUCUUGCAAAAUAAGCUCCCUAAAAAAUGUGGAGAUCCAGGGAGUGCUUCCAUUAACCUUAUACUUUUGUCUAUUUUCAGGAAAUUAGAGGGAGAGAUUGGAGAGAUCAGGUCGAUACCUGUGUCCUUGCAGCUGGCGGAUCAGACCACAAUCAUACCUGAAGGAAUAGUGGAGGAUGUGCUAGUUCAGGUAGAAAAAUUUGUGUUCCCGGUGGACUUCAUUGUGGUGAACAUGGAGGAGAAUAGGGAGGUUUCGCUGAUUUUAGGAAGACCCUUCUUGGCUAUGGGUAGAGCAAUUCUAGAUAUUGAGAAAAGACAACUCAUGCUCAGAGUGGGGGAUGAAAGUCUGUCUUCAAAAUGGAAGGAGAAAGGGGGGCCCUGA